ACCUCGACCGCCGCAUAGGCUUUAUUGAACCCUACAAACCACACCUAGAAACCACAGCAACGCCCCUCGCAGACAGCAUGGCGGACCAGAUGGCAUUUCUCCUCUUUGGAGACCAGUCUCUGGAUACCUAUGGCUUCCUGGCCGACUUCUACCGACGAGGGAGCCCGAGUAUCCUGUCGAGAGAGUUCCUCCGACAAGCUGGGGACGCUCUGAAGAACGAGAUAGACCAACUUCCUCGAGGAGAACGACAGCGAAUACCCAUAUUCCGGACAUUGCAGCAACUCAACGAAAGAUACCACACCCAGGGUGCCAAGUUCCCCGGGAUUGAUAGCGCCCUGUUAUGCAUAGCACAGCUGGCACAUUAUAUCGACCGCUCCGAGAAGAAACACGAAGAUGUCACGGAGCACAGAAAUACGAAACUUUCUGGACUAUGCACUGGCCUUUUCGCUGCAACUGCCAUUGCGUCGAGCUACUCGCUCUCCGCCUUAGUGCCGAUCGCCGUUCAGGUCGUUCUGAUGGCCUUUAGAACCGGCUCUCACGUGGCUUCGCUGGGGGAAAGGCUCUGUCCUCCGACUGAAAAGCCGGAGAGUUGGACAUGCGUUCUCCCUGCCGUCGAGGAAGCGGAGGUGAGGUCUGUUCUCGAAGAAUUCCACAAGUCAGAGGGGGUUUCUCAAGCUGCUCGGGCCUACGUUAGCGCUGUGUCCGCGAGUAACAUCGCGGUAUCUGGCCCGCCAGUUACACUGCAGUCUCUGUUCAGCAAAGAUCUGUUCGUGUCGAGGCCAACAGCGAUACCGGUAUACGGGCCGUACCAUGCUCCCCAUUUGCAUGGUUCGACGGAUAUUAGGAAAAUGCUACGACUUGAUGACGAGGUCGUCACCGCCGCCCUCGCGAAUUCGAAACCUCGCAGCGUCGUGAUGUCCUGUGUCACAGGUGCGCCGUUCGCCGAGACCGACACAAAAUCGCUACUGACGGCCGUGGUUCACGAGAUCCUGAACGAGCCGUUGAUCUUUCACAAGACACUGAGUGGGAAUGUUAACGCGGCGCGGGGAUUCAAUGGAUCUCGCAUCCUUGUUAUACCAUGCGGGCCAACACAGGCCGCGAGCACGCUGGCCAAUGUCUUGAGAGCACAAACGAGUCUGGAAGUCAUACUCCGGCCGCCCCCUCAGGUCUCUCGCGACACCGCCACCACUUCCAUCGGAAACCACGGGUCUACAGGAAAUUGCAAGCUGGCCAUUGUGGGCAUGGCUGGCCGCUUUCCAGACUCGGCUAGUCACGAGGCUCUGUGGGAGCUGCUCGAGAAGGGGAUUGAUGCCCAUCGCGUCGUACCGGCCGAUCGUUUUCCAGUCGACACCCACUGCGACCCUACCGGGAAGGCCAUCAACACUAGUCACACUCCCUACGGCAAUUGGAUCGAGAAUCCCGGUCAUUUUGACCCGCGAUUCUUCAAUAUGUCCCCCCGCGAGGCUUUCCAGACCGAUCCGAUGCAGAGACUGGCCCUGACCACUGCCUACGAGGCGCUGGAGAUGUCUGGCUACGUGCCGAACCGGACGCCGUCCACGCGACUCGAUCGUAUUGGCACCUUCUACGGUCAGACCUCAGACGACUGGCGCGAGAUAAACGCGGCCCAAGAGAUCGAUACCUACUUCAUCACGGGCGGCGUCCGUGCUUUCGGCCCGGGGAGGAUCAACUACCACUUCGGGUUCAGCGGCCCUAGUCUGAAUAUCGAUACGGCCUGUUCCUCUAGUGCUGCUGCGCUUCAAGUUGCCUGCACGUCCUUGAGAGCGAAGGAGUGUGAUACGGCUGUGGUCGGUGGCCUCUCUUGCAUGACGAACUCAGAUAUCUUCUCCGGCCUAAGCCGUGGCCAAUUCCUCUCCAAGGAGCACAAUUGCAAUACGUUCGACAAUGACGCCGAUGGCUAUUGCCGAGCUGACGCUUGUGCCUCUGUGGUCGUAAAACGGCUCGACGAUGCCCUGGCAGAUAAAGACAACAUCCUCGCGGUGAUAUUGGGUACCCAGACGAACCAUUCGGCAGACGCCAUAUCCAUUACCCACCCCCAUGGCCCGACACAGUCUGUCUUGUCCUCCUCCAUUCUUGACGAAGCCGGCGUAGAUCCCCUCGACGUGGAUUAUGUCGAGAUGCAUGGCACGGGUACCCAAGCCGGUGAUGGGACCGAGAUGGUAUCUGUCACAGACAUUUUUGCUCCUGCUAACCGGCAUCGGCCUGUAGACAGGCCCUUGUAUCUAGGUGCGGUGAAGGCGAACAUCGGUCACGGGGAGGCCGCUUCGGGUGUCACCGCCCUGAUCAAGGUCUUGAUGAUGCUCAAGAAAAACGCCAUCCCACCGCAUAUCGGGAUCAAGAAGGAGAUUAACAAGACCUUCCCACCGGAUCUCAGCCAGCGUGGUGUGAAUAUCGCCUUCCACAAGACACCCUUCACACGUAGAGAUGGAAAGCCCCGUCGGGUUUUCAUCAACAACUUCAGUGCCGCCGGUGGUAACACUGGUCUUCUUCUCGAGGAUGCCCCUCGGUACAGGACGGCCACCGUCGACCCUCGCGGCCACCACGUCAUCGCUGUAACCGCUAAAUCGAAAGCCGCCAUGAUUCGUAACGCCGAAAAUCUCGUCAGGUGGAUGGAGGAGAACCCGUCGACUUCUGUAUCUCACGUAGCAUACACUACUACCGCCCGCAGAAUCCAACACUAUUGGCGUAUGAAUGUCACGGCUUCCAGUCUCCUGGAAGCUCAAGAAUCCAUCAAGGAUCGCCUCAAGUCCAAUUUUGUUCCCGUUUCCCCCGAGCAGCCCAAGGUUGCAUUUCUAUUUACCGGCCAGGGCUCUCACUACGCUGGCCUCGGCAGGGACCUCUACGCCCACUAUUCUGUCUUCCGCCAGGCGAUCAACGAAUAUGACCAGCUUUCCCUCAUCCAUGGCUUCCCAUCCUUCCUAUCCCUCAUCGACGGCAGCGAGCCCGAGGUCCAGAAGCUAUCUCCAGUUGUUGUUCAACUAGGCUUGGCUUCUUGUGAGAUGGCCUUGGCUAAACUGUGGGCUUCCUGGGGGAUUCAACCCAGUGCUAUAAUCGGCCAUAGCCUAGGCGAGUACGCUGCGCUCCAUGUUGCAGGUGUUUUAUCCGCUAGCGAGACGGUCUACCUCGUCGGCGCUCGCGCCCGGCUUUUGGUCGAAAAGUGUACUGCUGGGACCCAUACUAUGCUGGCCGUCCAGGGAUCUGUCGAAACUGUCAAAGAAGCACUCGGCGAUCGCGCUGCGUCGACGAACAUCGCCUGCAUCAACGGCCCCCGCGAGACAGUGCUUAGCGGCACCUCCACUGAAGCUUCUGAGAUCGCCGAGCUGCUCGGUAGCGCUGGCUUCAAGUGUACCCAGCUCAAGGUGCCCUUCGCCUUCCACUCCGCGCAGGUUGAGCCGAUCUUGGAUGAGCUUGAGAACCUAGCCCGGUCGGUUCGCUUUAGAGAACCUAAGGUCGCCGUUAUAUCCCCCCUUUACGGGAGGCUCUUAGACGGGGAGGCUAUCGGGCCCUCCUACCUCCGCAACCACGCUCGGGAAGCCGUUAACUUCCUAGGCGGUCUCGUCUCCGCGCAGCAGUCUGGUGCCAUUGAUGAGAAGACGGUGUGGCUCGAGGUUGGGCCUCACCCUGUAUGCGCCAACAUGAUCAAGGCAGCCUUUGGAGCAAGCACGAUCGCCGUCCCAACACUACGUCGUGGUGAGGCGACCUAUAAGACUCUGAGCUCAACACUCUGCACACUGCACUCUGCUGGCUUGAACCUUGACUGGAACGAAUUUCAUCGGGACUUUGGCGCAUCUGUCCGUCUGCUGGAUCUACCGGCCUACUCGUUUGACCUAAAAAACUACUGGCUGCAAUACACCGGUGAAUGGUGUCUCACCAAGAACCGUGGUGUGCUGACCGCCCCUCCGGAGAGGGAGGCGAGCAGAGCUAAGUUGUCCACCACAACCGUCCAGAGGAUCACCAAGGAGGAAGUCAAGGGAGAUACUAUUAUCAUUGAGACUGAAUCAGACCUGGUCGAGGAGCAGCUGAGGAAGGUUUGCCUAGGUCACCGUGUCAACGGGACCUGCCUCACUCCCUCGACUUUGUACGGCGAUAUGGCUAUUACUAUCUGCGAGUAUGCGUAUAAGAUUUUACGGCCAGAGACCCAGGAUAUUGGCGUAAAUGUCGCGCACAUGGAGGUCCCCAAGACCCUCAUCCUUGAUACCAAGGCCACGAGCCAAAUAUUGCGCAUGCACGUUGAGGCCAAUGCCGCUGACAAGGUCGCGAACAUAACCUGGUCGACCGGCGAAGGUGCAAAGAAGACCGAGCAUGCCAUGUGCAAGGUCUACUUUGGAAGUAACGAGGAAUGGCUUGAUGAGUUCGAGCGAGUCAGCUACCUGAUUAGGUCGCGCGUUAACGCGCUCAAGGCUGCCGAGGAGCGUGGCGAAGCCUCGAAGAUUGGUCGGGGCAUCGCUUAUAAGCUGUUUUCCGCCCUCGUCGACUACGACUCACGGUACAGAGGUAUGGAAUCCGUCAUCUUAGAUAGUGCCACUUGUGAGGCUACCGCCAAGGUUGUCUUCCAAACCUCGCCUGAAGAUGGUACGUUCCAUACAGCACCCUACUGGAUCGAUUCGGUAUGCCAUAUAUCAGGCUUCAUUGUCAAUGGUACCGACGCUGUCGACUCUCGUGAGGUGGUCUACAUCUCGCAUGGCUGGGGUAGUAUGAGAUUUGCCGAGCGUCUCAGCGCAUCCAAGACGUAUCAGUCCUACAUCCGAAUGCAGCCCGUGAAAGGGACCAAGAUGAUGGCGGGUGAUGCUUACAUAUUCGACGGCGACAAGCUCAUCGGUAUGGGUGGAGAUAUUCGCUUCCAGGCCAUUCCUCGAAAGAUUCUCAACGCCGUCCUACCCCCUCAGGGCGCUGCUGGGGCCGCUCCCGCCCGCGCCGCCAAGCCUACUCCUGCGAAAGCCCCCGCGAAGAAAAUGAAGCAGGUCACCUCUUCCAAUCUUCCUGCUGUCGACAAGAAACUUUCACAAACGUCUGUCGUUGCUCAGGUCAUGGACAUUGUUGCUAAGGAGACCGGCGUUAGCCACGACGAGUUGGCAGACAACAUCGCCUUCGCAGACCUCGGAGUCGACUCCCUGAUGGGACUAACUAUCAGCGGGCGGCUCCGUGAAGAGCUUGAGCUCAAUAUCGAUUCGCAUGCGUUUAACGAUCAUUCUACCAUCGGCGCCUUCAAGAAAUUCCUUGCACAAUUUGAGUCAACAAGGCCGGCUGUGGUCUCGGAGUCGAGUGGUUCGACUGGUAGUUCGGACAGCGACGACGACAUAGAGUCCGACUCAGAGGUCACCACCCCCGGGGAGAGCGACAAGGGCUCGGUAAAGGGUAACGUCGCGCCAGUUGACUCUGGGAAUGACGGUGAACUUCGGCAGAUGGUGCGCGAGACGAUCUGUGCCGAGAUGGGGGUCGAAGUUGAAGAGAUCAUCGCCGCUCCCGACCUGGCUGCGCUUGGUAUGGACUCCCUCAUGAGCCUGUCCAUCCUGGGGAUCCUUCGCGAGAAGACCGGCCUUAGCAUCCCACCUGAUCUCCUCGGCCAUAGCUGCUCACUGAAGGAUAUCGAACGCGCACUGGGCAUAGUUGGCAAGCCAAAGCGCGCUACGCCUGCCCCCAAGCCCACCGCCUCGAAGGCAGCUAAGAUGAAGACCGAGGCCAAGGUCGUGGCCAAGACCGAGAUCGUAACCGUAACAAAGGCCGAAUCAGUUGUCGAUGCCUAUCCCCACCGUAAGGCGACGUCCGUACUGCUCCAAGGCAAUCACCGCACUGCUACCAGGCAGCUUUUCAUGAUUCCCGACGGAAGCGGCAGUGCUACCUCAUACACUGAGAUAUCAGAUCUCGGUUCCGAUGUCGCCGUUUGGGGUAUGUUUUCGCCCUUCAUGAAGACCCCUGAAGAGUAUAAGUGCGGUGUCUACGGGAUGGCGACCAAGUUCAUCACCGAGAUGAGGCGUCGCCAACCCCAAGGCCCGUACGCUCUGGCAGGCUGGUCCGCCGGUGGCGUGAUCGCCUACGAAAUCGUGAAUCAACUCACCAAAGCCGGAAUAGAGGUGUCUCAUCUUCUCAUUAUCGAUGCUCCUUGCCCCAUCACCAUCGAGCCUCUACCGGCCGGUCUUCACGCCUGGUUUGCGGAAAUUGGCCUCCUCGGAGAAGGCGACGGCCCCGAGGCUAAGAAGAUUCCUUCUUGGCUUCUCCCCCAUUUCGCAGCUUCGGUCACCGCCCUGUCCAACUAUACUGCCGAGCCUAUCCCUAAAGAGAAGUGCCCCAAGGUCAUGGCGAUCUGGUGCGAGGACGGGGUUUGCAAGCUGCCCACAGACCCCCGGCCUGACCCGUAUCCUACCGGCCACGCCCUCUUCCUCCUCGACAACCGAACCGACUUCGGCCCUAACCGCUGGGACGAAUAUCUCGACAUCGAAAAGAUGCAAUUCCGGCACCUGCCGGGCAAUCACUUCUCCAUGAUGCACGGAGAGCUCGCGAAGCAGCUCGGGGGCUUUUUGAAGGAGGGCAUUCAUGCUUAAACUACCUAUACCUAUAUCUGUUUUCUGGGCAAAACCCCGUCUCCUAUAUGAGUCCAAACAUCCGCCUUGCUUUCGGUCGUAUUGUACAUAUUUCACUCUUCCUACGCUCCUUGUCCCCCCUAUAGUUGGAACACGGUUGACGACGACUUGGAUUUGUGGCAGCGGGUGUUCCCCCCCCUCCCCCCCUCUCCCC